AUGAAAUAGACAUACAAUCCAAAUCGUGAAUACCUUUCAAUUUAUAAAUAAAUAUGUCAAGAACAACAUGUUCAUUUAAGCAAAACAAUAAGUAUUAUAAUAGAUAAGAAUUCUUUAGCUUAGGGUUUGAAGGAUCAAUCUUUAAGAUUGAAUGCAGUGUUAAUAAGAAUAGAAGACAUAAUACCAUUAUAAUUGUUAUUAAGUUUAUGUCAUUUUGAUUCAAUAGUUGUAUAUGGGAGAUUGAGAAAAAAAAUGAACAAAAGUAUUCAUAAAUUUUAAUUGAAAUAGAUGAUAUAGUAAGUUUGGAGGAACUACAACAAAUUAUUAAUGGUAUAUUGACUGCUAUCAAUCUAAAUUUAACAUAGACAUAAUUCAAUUUAAUGCAAAUUCAUAUUACUGAUUUAAUAUUGAGUCCAAAGGAUUGUGAAUCUAUUUCAUUUGGAUUGAAGAGUACAAAAACAUUAAAAGAACUAAAGAUAACAAAUUGUAGUUUAACAAGUUAGCAUCUCUAAAUAUUAUCUGAACCAAUUCAAUAAUGUGUAUCACUCAAUAUGCUGGAUUUAUCAAAUAAUUUAUUAAAAGAAAAUGCUGGAAUGAUAAUUGGUAAGAUAAUUAGUUCACAUGCAGGAAGAAGAGAUGAAAUGAAAUGGGCAGAAGAAAUAAGAGGAGAUGGUAAAUAAUCAAACUUAUUUAAUAGAACCUCCUUAAUAAUUGACACUAUAAGGAUUAUGUGAAAUAUUUUUACAUUAGAAUAUGUUUGAUGAUAGAUGUGUAAAGGAUUUAUGCAAUUUUUUGAUGUAUGAUUCUUGGACUAAAAAUAUUGGAUUGAGAGAAAAUCAAAUAGGAGAAGAGGGUGUUAAAUUAUUUAGUUAAAUUCUUGAUACAAAUGAAUCCUUAAUCUCUUUAGAUUUAAGAGAGAAUCCAGGCUUUGUUGAACCAUACUCUAAGGAUAUAUUUGACAAGUUGGUUCGAAAUAUCAAAUUAUUCAAAGAACAGAAAAAUUAUUAUGAAGAUGUAGAGGAAAAUUAAUAAGAUGAGUAUCCUAUCAUUCAAGAACAACAAUAAGAGGAAUCUGAGGAAUUAGGUUAGUUGUUUAUUCAUUUUAGAAUGCUCUAAUUGUAAGGAAUUAUUGAGACAGAACAAACAAUUGUAGAGAAGACUCCAAUAAUUGCAAUAGAGACCAAGAAAUGAUUCUUAAUUGAUGAAUUCAGAAAGUAACAAGGACGAAUAAUAAUCUUAGGAUUUACUAAUUUAGAUUGAGAAUAAAAUGAAUGAGUUGACUACUUUAAUGGAUAUGUUAGAAUAAUAGAAAUAAAAAUAAUAAAAUUAACAAAGGUAGGAAUCUGGAAACAAAGGGAAAAAAAAGAAAAAGAAAAUACUAAAAUCAGCCAUCUGA